AUGACCUCAAUAUUAAAUCAUAUAUCACACGGAGGUUAUUUUUGCUGCUGGUACUGUCAAACAAAAGGCGAACAUGUAAUAAAUAAACGACAAUAUUAUUAUGAUGAAAAUCUUCAGAUGAGAGAUUCAUCGAAUUUUGCGUAUGAUUCAAAACGGGCACAAUAUUUUCGAACAAAUGUUCAUGGACGUCGUGGAUUAUCUAUACUGAAUAAAAUCUUGGAUAUUUCUUUGCCGGAAGCAGCUAUAGCUGAUUUUAUGCAUGUUUCGCUUUUGAGACAUGCAAAGAAAAUAUGUCUUUAUAAUUAUAAUAAAGUCAUGAAGCCUAAACAACGUUCUUUACUGGACAAACAGAUGUCCAUUCAAAAAUUUCCUCAUUUCUUUCACAGAGCUAUUCGACCAUUAAAUGAAACACAUAUCAAAGCAUCGGAAAUACGGAAUCUUCUUCUUUAUUGUUUUUUACCUAUGGUUCGAAAUUUACUUGAAUGUGAAAGAAUCGCUCAUAUUGGUCUCUUUGUCAUUGGUAUUCGUCUGCUUCAUGGUCGUCGAAUUUUUAGUGUUGCAACAGCUCAAAAUGCACACCAACUGUUGAAAUUUUUUUAUCGUGAUCAUGAGUUAUUCAAUGAAUCUCAGCAAAACUUCGUUCUACAUCUUCAUAUUCACUAUGGUGAACUUUAUCGUAGUCAUGGUAGUUUAUGUAACAUUAAUACGUUCUCUCAAGAGGAUUUAAUGGGUGCAGUGUCGAAGUACAAGCAUGGAUCAAGACAUUGGGUCGAUCAAUUAGCUUUUUACUUAAAUGUAAGCUCAUAA